GAGAAAUAGGUUAGGUUUUCAUAUGUUUUCAAUUGAAGUUUUGAAGGAUAGAAUUUUAAUUAUAAUAAACCACAAACAUGGCUACUGCAAUGAGAAAAGAGUUUCUAAAAGCAAAGAAAGUUGCGCAUCCAAAUAGUAGAAAAUCUAUUGCAAUUGCAAAAAGAACCAGAAAAAUAACAAAUAGGCAAAAAGCAAAAAUUAAUGGCUUGAUUAAACAAAAUUUAGUAGGAGAAAAAAUGUUAUGGAUCAAAGAAAAUAUGAUUCCAGAUAUUUGUCCUUAUACUCCAGAAUUAACUGCUCGUUUGCUAGAAACAUAUAUAGCAAGACAUGAUGAAGAAAUGGAACAAAUUGUUAUAAAAAGGUCUAUAAGUUACAAGAGAAAUAAGCAACAUGCAAGUAGGGAAGAUGUGUUAAGAAUGAGUAGAGAAAGAGAACAAGAAGAGUAUGAUACAUGUGGAAUAGAAAUUCCUGAUAUUUUAAAUCCAACUCAAUGCGAAAUGUUAAGAAAUUGGAAUGGUGAAUUAAGAUAUAUGACUAAUUUUAAAUUUAGAAGAUUUGGUAAAAGACAUUUAAAUGAAGCAUUAAAAAAAGCAAAUAAAGAAUCAAAAGAAAAUAAAGAUAUUCAAACAAAAGUUUCAAAAAAACUACAAAAUUCUUCUGAAGAAGUUAAACUUGAAGAUAUUGAAAAUUCACUAAAUAAAUCAAUUGAUUCAUCUGAAAAUAAUCAAUUGAUAGAAUGUAUUAUGGAAAUAGAAUAAAUUUUAUAAAAAAUAUAU